UUAAUUGUUCCUUUCUUGCGCUGUCAAAAUUGCCAAUUCUAAAUGUUUUGAUUUAAACCAUUGGUCCGGGUCAAAACCAAAUACACUUUAUAAGUUAUACUUAACGUGAUAUAUAAAAUGAAAAACGUGUCAAUUCCAAUUUCCAUCGAAACCCUAAACUCUCAGUUAUCGAUAUUCAUAAAAAUCAUGUGCUACAUGACCGUGGAACAAGACGAAGAGGUUUGAUCUGCCGCGCUACUUAAUCUCCAUUCCGCAAAAAUGGUUGGUAGAAAGAAAAAGACACGAUCAGAGGAAGAUAGGAUAAACAACUUACCUGAACAUUUGAUAUGUCACAUACUUACUCUUCUUUCUACUAAGGAUGCUGUAAGAACAAGUGUUUUAUCCACAAGAUGGAGAAAUCUUUGGCAAUUGGUUCCUAUGUUGGAUUUAAACACCUGCGAGUUCCGGUUGUUCGAUGAGUUUGUGAGUUUUACUGGCAGGUUUUUUGAUUUCCACAAAGACUCAUGGAUACAAAAACUAUGUUUACGUAUUCAUAAUCAGGCUGGUAAUCUCACCUCAUGGAUAGAUGUUGUGACUCGGCGUAGGAUUCAGCAUCUUGAUAUUAGUCUUGUUAACGUUUCUGCUGGCUUCGGUGACAUACCCCUGAGCUUGUAUACAUGUGGGACAUUGGUACACUUACGACUCUUUCAACUCUCCAUCAUUUACGCCGAGUUUGUUUCCUUACCUUGUGUGAAGACCAUCGAUUUACAAUACAAUCACUAUCCCAAUGAGGCCAUUUUGGAGAAACUUAUCUUAGGCUCCCCGGUUCUUGAAGAUUUAACCAUCAUCAGAAGUUCGUCUGAAAACGCAAAGGUUUUACAAGUGCGUUCUAAGACGCUAAAGAGAAUCCACAUAAAUGAGUUUGUCCAUGUUGUGAUUGAUGCUCCUCUUCUUCAAUGUCUAAAGACAAAAUUUUAUUCAACAAAGAACGUUAAUAUCAUCAAUUCGGGGUUCCCUGCCAAAGUAGAUAUUGACUUUGGUUGUUCGGGUAAUGUGUUUGAUCCAAAUGAUUUAGCCAAAAGAAGAGUAGUGAUUCGUGAUAUUCUCUCUGAUAUUUCAAGGGUCAAGGAGCUACUUAUUAGUGCUUUUUUUUGGAAGGACAUCUUUCUAAAGUCGGAAUCUGGACCAUUGCUUCAGUUUUGUUACUUGUCCCGAUUGAGCACUGUAAUUUGUAACUCCGAUCUGGGAUUUUUGCCAAAUCUUCUUAAGAGCUGCCCAAAACUAGAAUCUCUUACCUUGCAAUUGGCUCAGAACCGAGUUUUCAUACGUGGUACAAAGAAUAAUGAACCAAAGGUGACGUUUCAAACGAUAAUGAUUCCAUGUUUGGUAUCAUCGCUCAAGUUUGUGGUAUUAAAAAGUCCAAUCUUGGGGUAUGAAGGAGAAAUGGAGCUAAUAAGAUACUUCCUGAAGAAUUCAACAAUCCUGGAGAAACUGAGUGUAAAUUUUUCUGGUUUGUGUUGGAGGAAAAGGAUAAAAGCCACGGAUGUCAUUCUCAAAGAACUCCUUGCAAUGCCAAGAUGCUCUAGCUCUUGUCAACUACUUGUUGUUUAAUUAGUAACUAAACAUUGCUUUUUGAGUUUAUUUUUGGUCGUUAAGCUGGUUGCUUUUAGGAGGGUCUUCUUAGGCUUUGCGCCAGAAAGCAAAAUACAAUUGUAGUGUCAAAGUCUUUCUUAUGUUUCUUGGUGGUUGGUGUUCA